AUGCGGGUAGUCUUAUCUGGGGCCGCUGACGUAAUAGAUGAUGGGGUAGCACGUGUGCCUCGAGUUGCCGUGUCAUUUGCUGCCGGAGAUGGUUUAGAUGAUUUUGGUGAUGAUUUAGAUGGUAUAAGUGGUUUGGGUGAUAAUUUAGAUAGUAUAGAUGGUGAAAUUAGUGUUGGUUUGGAGAGUUUAGAAGUUUUGGACGGUUUUAGUAGUGGUGGUAGUGUUAAGCAGGAAGAAGAUUUAGUGCAGGAGUUGGCGCGAGAGUGUAUGGCUAAAGAUUGCCUGGAUCGAGAAAGGACGGGGAUGGCUGAGAAUGAAGUGAGUGUAAAGGAUAUCGCUGAGGAUAGAGUGGGGACGAAUCUGUUGCCGGUGCUCUGGAAGGGGGAGGAAGGAGGGAAGGACAUGGCUAUGGUGUUGAUGCGGUUUUCAAGACAGCGUAUUAAUACGGUGCACCAUCCUUCUAUUGGACUGGCGGACUUGGUGCUGGAAAAAGACUUUGUGAAUGGGCUGGUGCCGGUGCGGAGGAGGCUGCUGCGAGUGGAGAUUCUGGGCCGGCUAGCUACUCUGUGGGUGUCUUAUCAGACGACAGUUGAGGAUAUUUUGGACGCCGUGGUGAGUGAUGUAGUGGGAGUGAAGAAGGAGAACUUAUCACUGCUUUUAGAUACUAUAAAUGGUAGUAGAUUGCUGCCUUUGGAUGCCCGGCCGAUGCUAGAGGUAAUUCAAUGGAAGUUAAACCAGUCACUUCUGAACAUAAUUGAAGGACGGAUUGUGCCGCAACAGAAACUAUUGCGCAAUUCGGGGUUUGAAUUGCGGGUGGUUAAACGGGUAGUGCGCGGCUUACCGGACCACAUAGAUAGUGAUGGCGUGCUAUCUUAUUUUCCUCCUGAUGAUGUAACUGAACGACGUACAGUGGCGGCUGGCUUGAUUUGGAAUGUGCUCUGGUCAUUGGGCCAGGACUUGGCUUUAAUCGGGCUGGGUAUUUACUGGGUGCUGAAGUGGUUGGGAUUAGUAAGAAAGCGAAUACUAGCCCCGGCUGGGUCUAGGAGGGGUAAGGGAGGAGAGAUGGAGGAGUUAAUGAAUCCGCGGUGGGUUUCCUUGAAUAUGUCCGGUAUGGGUUUGACUGCCAUUCCUGCUGUCGUGUUUAAGAGUGCUAAUAUUAAGCACUUGAACAUCUCUAAUAACCGCAUUGAAGUUCUACCGGCAAUGCUAAACCAGCUGAACCUUUCUUCGUUAGAUGCCUCUAAUAACUGUAUUUCGGUUAUUGAGGAGCCUUUGUUGAUUCCGGUGCUUAACUUACGGAAUAAUCAUUUACUUGAGUUCAAUAGUAAGUAUGCAUACCAGGAGAUAAACCUGUUGGGCAAUCCUUUGAAAUACUUUCGGGCACAUACGGAGACUUUGUACUUGCGCGAGAUUGUGGCGACUAAACGCAUUCAUGGGAGCUUGGCUGGGCUGAAGCGCUUAAGCAUUGCUGAUGUGGAGUUAAAACGGUUUGUUGGUAAGUUUAUGUGCUUAGAACACUUACAGUUAAUUAACAAUAGUCUAGUGGAAGUAUCUAUCUUUGCACCUAAUUUAAAAACAGUAUUGUGCUCCCAUAACUCUUUAACUGACUUUCCUUUUGUGGAGCAGAAGAGGUACCCGGCGGACUUUUAUGGACUGACCUCUAUUUCUUUGCCUUAUAACUGCUUAAACUUAAUUCCUAGUCGGGUAUGGGAGCUGCCUUUGACCUACUUAAACUUAUCUUAUAACCAGAUUGUUCGGGUGGACCCGGCGGUACGACAGCCGACGUUGCGGCACUUGAAUGUAUCUGGAAACCAAAUUAAGGAAGUCUUGAAUCUCAACCGAUUGAGUGAACUGGUCUGCUUUAUUGCUGGCUUUAAUAUGCUGGAGAGUUUAGUUGGGCUGGAGUCUUUGAGUGGUUUGCGCUAUUUGUCUUUAUCCUACAACUUGUUCCGGUUUAUUCCCGACAUGUACCCCUUGAAUGGUCCUUCUGUCUCGGCUUCUGGCGAGAUCCGGCCGGGGUCAGAAGUUAAGCACCGAACCUUGGAUAUAACUGGGAACAAGUACUUAUCCAUUUCAAGCAAGGAGAAGGAAAGAAUGCUGAAAGAAGGAACCAAGAUUAUUAAGCGCGAUGAGAAGAGUUCAUUUAUGCACCUGCGGGGCAUGGUGGGGGAGAAGAGUAUUUGCCGGUACUGUCGGGUGAAAAUUCCCAAAGAGAAACACCGUGAUAAGAAAGAGAAGGCAGAAAUUAGGUCUAGUGAAAGAGCUCGCUGCAUUCAAAAGGAAUUUCAGGCAGUUCUCUAUCCGAACUAUCCCGGGACGCCGAUUAAUGCUAAGUUGUGCAUCUAUUUCUCUUCAAAAAGCCCGAUAAUCAAAAGCACUGUGCAAAGUGCAAUCUUAAAGAUAGAAAGACUGCUCUGCAGUGAAACUGAAGAGACUAUCCAUACUCGCUGGAAGCAUUAUAAGCAGAAGAUGAUCCAAUUCUUCCGAGAUAUUCGCCACGAAGUCUUUCCUGAUAAGGUUGAGCUGCUGGCCGCUGUAGUAAUGACUGAUACGCUUAUUUCAAUCAUGGGCAUUGAGUCCCUAGAGAUAAUCCUUGUGCAAAACGAGCGAGGCGUCUACUUAAAGUCGGGCAAACACUUUGAAAUGGCCUGGGGUACUAAGAAAAGGACUGAUCAGUGUAUUGUGCUGAUGCAUCGGUCUAUUUUACAAGCUAUUUCAAUCAAUGACUUUAUUGCGGCCUAUCGGAGAAACAGCUCUUUAACUGAAGCUAAAUCCUUCCUGCUGACCCAUGAGUUAAAGAAUUCCACCUGUGUGCUUAUUCCUAUCACGCAUAAGAGUGAGUCUCUAAUGUUCAAAAAGGACGCAGAGUCCUCGGCUCCUAAGAUUCUGGAAAGUCUGACCAUGUACAAUCUCUCUUCGCAGCUUAUGAAAGUUCCGGUUGUGGUAUUUACUGAUAUUGCCAACAGCACCAAACUAUGGUCGAUGGACCCAAUAAGAAUGCGUGAGGUAUCAAAAGCCCACAACAUAACUAUUCGCGAGCUCAUGCACAAGUAUGAUGGAUACGAAGUCAAAACAGAAGGCGAUGCCUUUAUGAUGAUCUUUUACGAUGAACAAUGUGCUAUGGAAUUUGGCUCAGAAAUACAUCUGGCCCUACUAACUAAGAACUGGCUGGAAAUCGCGAUUGAAAACAAUCCUCUUAUAUAUGCCAAAAGGAAGCCUAUCUAUCGCGGCCUGCAAAUUCGGGUUGGCAUGAGUAAAGGUGCUUGUAUCAUUGAAAAUGAUCCGGUUACAAAACGACUUGAUUUUUACGGUAAGUCAGUUAUUGAAGCGGCCCGACUUUGUAGUAUUGCUAGUGCCGGCGAAACCUUUAUUUCUCAAUCGAUGUACAACCGGGUCAAAGAGUUGCAGAACUGCUCCUACAUGAUUAUGGCCCGUGGAGUUGCUGUCUUAGCUGGACUGACCAAAGAACCCCACCAUGUUUAUGAGGUCCUCCACAAAAAGCUCCGCCGCCGACUCCUACUGCGCUCUGCCCUGGGUGUAAAGAAGUGUCCCUGGCUUAUCUCCACGACGCCAUAA